AUGUCUGACAGUGAAGACGUCGAAUUUUCUCUCGGGCAGUUCUCAGAUUACGACUCCGAUGAGGAAUUCUUGCUACAAGAACAAAACGACGACGAUGACGAGAACAUGAUCAACUUUCCGGAAGAUGAAGAUGAAGAAGGCGCGGAUGUAGAUUCUGAGGACGAGUUGCGUGACCCCAAUGAACACCCCGCUACCAAUGUUAUCCGCUACCGGAAAAAUGUUCCAUUUUUACCUCAAGUUACUGAUUAUGAGGAACCGGAGGUGUUCCUAAAAUUGGAUUUUGGGAUUACAAAGGAAUCUACUGCACUGGAGAUUUUACAAAAAUUCUUGGACACUGAAAUUUUGGAUGAAAUUGUCCUUCAGACAAACAUGUAUGUUCAAUACCUAAAACGCGCGGAUCGGAACACAAUGAAGGAUUGGACUGUGGUGAAUGGUGAAGAAAUGUGGCAAUUCUUUGCACUUGCGAUGAUGAUGGGGCUGAUUAUCAAGCCGGAAAUCAAGGACUACUGGUCCACAGAUUCAAUGUUUUCUACUCCAUUUUUUGGCCAGGUCAUGUCAAGGAAUAGAUUUGAGUCGAUCCUUCGAGGAUUCCAUCUUGUGGACAAUGACACCAUCCCACCCAACAAUAAAGAUCGAUACAUAAAGUUUGGAAGUUUCAUGGAGAAGAUUUUUCAAAAUUUCCGGAAAGCAGUCAAUUUGGGAUCUUUUCUCACGGUGGAUGCGGUAAAAAUUAUAAUUAUUCGGUAA